UCUUUAUCUGAGUCUAAGAGACUUUCUAGAAAACAGGAGUUUAUGAGUGACACCAAUCUCUCUGACCAUCCUCCUUCAAACCAGACUUCUGUUCUCAAACAAAUGAGCUUUGCAAGCCGCUCCAUGCCAACUAUUCCAGCUUUAACAUUUUCCACUGCCAAUUGCCCAACAUAUGAAGACCAAAAUCAAAGUCCCAGAAUGAGCCAAUCGAAUUUUGCUGGACUUGAGACUGAUAAGAAGACUAUAAAGAAAAGCAAGAUGAAUCAAUUUUUUAAAACAAUGCGUCCCUCCAAGGUUACUGAUGAUGGAAAACAACCUACAGACUUGCCAACAGAAUCCCUUUCAAUAGACCUCUAA